CUUGAAGUUAACCUAAAAAUAGAAAGAUGUUUUCUUAUCUAUUUUGAGGCUUGAACUUGAUAUAGUAUGCUGAGGAGAUGGUUGAAACCAAUCAAAUCAAAAAAUGCAACUAUCAGAGGAAGUAUAUGAAUAUCUAUGGACAAAUUAUUCAUCUCACACUCACGAGAAAAGACAAUGUUUUAGGUGUUACAUUAGCGAAAAAUUCGAAUAUUCGCUUACAUUUCAUAAUUCUCAUUCUCACAAUUGUUUUGAAUUCUAUUAGUUUCAAACUCAAUUUCAUAAGCAGCACCACAUUUAGUGUGAUUGUACUUAUUGCAGUGCUAUAUAUCUAUAUAAGAUCGGGUAGUAUCAGGGAAGAAAGCCUGAUAGCUAUUGAACCAUUGGGAUACCAACUCAAUACUAAAUACAUUAUAGGCCAAAAGUCUACUUUCAUUCCAUUUGAAAACGUAGAAAAUAUUUUCAUCAAUGAAGUUAUUUUUAAGCAAAAAAUUAUAUACUUAUUAACAAUUUUAACAAAAGGAUCAAAUAGUGAUAUGUUAAUUCCACUAUUUAUGGGUUGUAUGCCCAGAAUUGAUUGUCUGGAGUCCAUAUACAAAGAACUUCUUAAAAAUAAUGGAUGAAAUUCAAAUAGCAUCGAUGACUUCUGACAUCUUGCAAUUUUUCUUUGCUGCCAGUAUUAUCACGGCUCUCGUCUGAUCAAGCAGCUUACUUAAAUCUUCGUCUCCUGUGAUCUGAAAUAAAUUUUUACAUCAUGAUAUUGAUAUACAUAUAACAUUUUGAAUAUGUUUUAAACAGUAUAUUGAUUCAAAAAAUUCUUAAUUUUUGUUUAAUGCCAAAUAUAUUUUGUACCUGCAAGUGUAUAGCAUUUUAAUGAAUUGACCAAUUUUUAUUGGCCAAUAAAUUUAAUUUCUAAAGCA